UCUGCUCAGGGACGUGUCUCAACAGAUGGUUGGGGUUAAAGAGUGUUAUCACAUCGUAGAGAGGAUUAGAGCUGAGAGGUUGUCCUCUUCUUCUUCUUCUCCUUCUUCCAGAGGAGCUGAGCUGUGUGGUCCACCUCUCCUCUCCACUACUCUACCACCAAGACCAGAACUCUGCAUGAGAACAAGAAGAGAAGAGGAGACGGGGAGAGAAAAAAAAAAUCCUUAUCCUUCUUUCUCACACUCUCACUCCAGCACUCUGCUCUCUUGCCUUCCAGACUCCUCCUCAGAAGUGAGAGCUCCAGUGGGUUUCCUCCCUCCGCCAUGCUGCUGGUGUGUGUGUCCUGGCUGGGCCUGCUGUCCCUGGGUUGGGACCAGGGCUGUUCAGCAUUCAGCACCACCAGAGCCCAGGGAGGCCUGAGGGGACGCAUCCAGAGGGACCGCAGGAACAUUAGGCCCAACAUCAUCCUCAUCAUAACCGACGAUCAGGACACAGAGCUUGGUUCUCUUCAGGUGAUGAAUAAGACUCGUAAGAUAAUGGAAGAUGGAGGCACCUCGUUCACCAAUGCCUUUGUGAGCACGCCCAUGUGCUGUCCGUCGCGCUCGUCCAUGCUGACUGGGAAGUACGUUCACAACCACAACACCUACACCAACAACGAGAACUGUUCUUCGCCGUCCUGGCAGGCCCAGCAUGAACCACGCUCCUUCGCCGUCUACCUCAACAAUACAGGAUACAGGACAGCGUUCUUUGGGAAGUACCUGAACGAGUACAACGGCAGCUACAUCCCUCCUGGGUGGCGGGAGUGGGUGGGGCUGAUCAAAAAUUCCCGCUUUUAUAAUUACACCGUCUGUCGGAAUGGUUACAAGGAGAAGCACGGCGCAGAAUAUGCCAAGGACUAUUUCACGGACCUUAUAACCAAUGACAGUAUCAACUUCUUCCGGAUGUCCAAGAAGGUUUACCCUCACCGGCCAGUGAUGAUGGUCCUCAGCCAUGCUGCCCCCCAUGGCCCAGAGGACUCAGCCCCACAGUACUCAGAGAUGUUCCCCAACGCAUCGCAACACAUCACCCCCAGUUAUAAUUACGCCCCAAACAUGGAUAAACACUGGAUCAUGCAGUACACUGGCCCCAUGAGGCCCAUUCACAUGGAAUUCACUAACUUCCUACACAGAAAGAGACUACAGACGCUCAUGUCAGUGGACGACUCUGUUCAGAAGGUAUAUGAGAUGUUGGUAGAGAGUGGAGAGCUGGACAACACCUAUGUAAUCUAUACUGCUGACCAUGGCUAUCACAUCGGUCAGUUCGGACUGGUAAAGGGGAAGUCAAUGCCCUAUGACUUUGACAUCCGAGUACCCUUCUUCCUCAGAGGGCCCAACGUCGAGCCUGGAGCAGUGAAUCCUCAACUGGUGUUGAACAUUGACCUGGCUCCCACCAUCCUACACAUCGCUGGGCUGGACACUCCUCCGGACAUGGACGGGAAGUCCAUCCUCCAACUACUGGAGCAUGAGAAAACUGGCAACAGAUUCAAACCCAAUCGGAAACCCAAAGUCUGGAGGGACACAUUCCUAGUGGAGAGAGGUAAACUCCUGAGGCAGAAGGAGGACGGUGGAGGCAGUCCAACCACCCCUCACACCAACAGCCUGCCCAAGUACAAGAAGGUCAAAGAGGUGUGUCAACAGGCAGAGUUCCAGACGCCCUGCCAACAGCCUGGGCAGAAGUGGCACUGUGUGGAGGAGAUCACAGGGAAGUGGCGUAUCCAGAAGUGUAAGGGAGGUGGUCUGAAGGAAGGCCCCAGGAAGAGGGCCCGGAGCCUGAGGUCCCGCAGCAGCUACGACAGCCGGCAGAGGGACCCCUGCGACUGUGGCCCUGACAGCAGCCUCGACAAAUCCUCCAGGUCCGACCGUCCGGGACGCUCACACCGCCAGUUCCCACCUUCCUCUGGAGGACGAGGCUACAGGCCUCGUUUCGUCCACACAAGAUCCACCAGAUCUCUGUCCGUGGAGUUUGAAGGGCAGAUCUAUGACAUUGACCUUGCGGCAGACGAUCAGUCGGCGGUCCAGAGACGUGUCAUCAGAAAGCGCCACUAUGAGCAGGAGGACCAGGAGUUGGCUCUGGAGUCAGAAGACGGGUCAGAGGAGAUGCUGGCGGACGAUACCAACACCGUGGGGUACCACAACUCUGUCAAAGUCACACACAAGUGCUACAUCCUGAUGAAUGACACCGUCCACUGCGAGAGAGAGAUCUACUCUUCAUCCAGAGCCUGGAAGGACCAUAAGAGCUACGUGGACCAGGAGAUAGAAGCCCUGCAGGACAAGAUCAAGAACCUGCGAGAGGUCAGGGGUCACCUGAAGAGGAGACGACCUGACGGGUGUGACUGUGGCAAGAACAGCUACUAUAGCAAAGGAGAGAGAAACAGAGAGAAGGCAGAGCGGUUGAAGAACAAGAAUGAUCAGCUCCAUCCCUUUAAGGAGGUUGCCCAGGAAGUAGAUGGGAAGACCCAGCUGUUGAACGAGAUCAGGAGGAAGAAGAAGGAGAGGAAAGAGAGGAAGAGGCAGAAGAAGGGGGAUGACUGUAGUCUACCUGGUCUGACAUGUUUCACUCACAGCAACGACCACUGGCAGACUGCCCCCUUUUGGAACCUUGGAGGGUUCUGUGCGUGCACCAGUUCCAACAACAACACCUACUGGUGUGUGAGAACCAUCAACGAGACACACAACACCCUGUUCUGUGAGUUUGCUACGGGCUUCCUCGAGUACUUUGACCUCAACAACGACCCCUACCAGCUGACCAACGCGGUGUACUCGGUGGACAGAGAGGUGUUGAACGCCCUCCAUGCUCAGCUGAUGGAGAUGAGGAGUUGCCAGGGACACAAGCAGUGUAACCCCCGACCCAAAGGCCUGGACACAACAGCACUCAGCCAGUCUGGGACGGACGAGCGGGUUAAGCUGCCCAACCUGACGGAGGAGGAGGUGGACUGGCGAGGUCUGGAGGAGCUGUAUAGUAGUGUAAACCAGAGCCUGUACCAGCACAGGACUGACUACAGCCUCAGACAGGAUGACUGGCACAUCUUCCAGAAGGAUGUAGAUAAUAUGUUUGCACUGAGACACGUUUUAGACUCGAAACUUCAAAACAACGACGACAACCAAACCCAUAUGCUUGACUUGAAGGAUGACCCGGCAUCGGCAACUUCCCUGGCAGAGCAGGGUUCCGGGUCUGGGGGGCUGGAGGAGGGCAGCGGAGGAGAAGGGUCGCCCAGCCGGGACAUCUGGCCAGAACUGGUCAUCCUGAAUCGGGCCACAGAGGGACUACCGGAGACCCCAUGCACUACCCAUCCUGCCCCUAGCACACCCCCACCACCACCUCCUCCAGUAACACCCACACACCCCACACCUCAGAGGUCAGAGGUCAAAGUUCAACAAGAAUCUGUGAAUGACCUCCCUGACGAGACUUAUCCAUUAGACAGACCCCCCAGAGUGGUGUCUGUGAUGACGUCAUUGUCUGUGAUGUCAGCAGGUCAGAGGAGAGGAGGGGGAGGGGUCAGAGGGGGGGAAGUGGUUGCCGGUGGUGAUGUGUGGUUGGCCCAUCAGCUGGAGGAGGACUGGCUAGAUGGCGACGGGGAGGGGCUGGUCUUCAGCGGGAACGGGAACAACGGCCUGACUGAGAUGGAGACGCGGCACGACGACCUGCUCCGCACCCACAACAGCCUGGAGAUGGGGUCUUACCCAGGCCAGGCCCAGACCCAACAGAGUAGUCUCAUCCAGGGACUGGAGCUGGGACUAGACAAGGAAGAGGAAGAGGACAUAUUCCAAGGCCAGGGCUACCUCCCCCUCUCCCCACAGACACAGACACUGAGGCCCAGAGUUCAGGCCUCCACAACCACCACUACUACCAGCACUGGGAGCCCGCCUCAGACUGGCGCCCCACAGGGGACUGGGGUGGUAGUGCAUAACCCCCAGCUCCAACAGGCACAUCUACAGGUAGAGGUACAGGUCGAGUCCCAUGCCCAGCUCCAGGCCCUGGACUAUGAGGGUAGUGGGUCUCCCCCUCAGCCCUCUUCCAACCACACCCAGUGAGACACAUACAGACAAACGCACGUGCUGGCCUGACAUUGGGCGGCCCAGCCCGUCACCAUAGAGACACAGAGAGACACAGAAACUGGGGGACAUGGAGAGCCAAGAAGGACGACGAUGAUGUCACCACCUGUCAGUCUGACUUAGAGCUGUAUUAUUCAUGAGUAUUAAAGUUAUUAUUAUUGUUUAUUUUUUUACAGGUGCUUCCAUUUAUUAUUAGAAGAACUACAGUGUUAUGUUGUUUUUUCCAAAAUAUAUAUUUUAGAAAAAGAAAAUCCUUAACACAGCUGAAAUUAAUAAAAUAUGGGAAUUUAUAUUAAAGUUGCAAGUGGAUAACACCAUUGUUUUAAAUAUAUAUUUUUAACAAUAAAAACAGGUUUUCCGGUCAGAAGGUUAGUGGUCAUUUAGCGUUACCAGAGAGGAAGAGGCGAAGCGAGAGGGUUUACCAGGCCAAAAAUCUGUCCACGAUAAGCUAAUUAUUAAGCAAGUGCCGAAUUUUGUCAAGAUAAAAAUGUAAAGCUAUUUUGAUACGUGAGGCUUAUUUGAUCUAAUAGAAGUUUCUUAAUGCUUAGGUUGUUACGAGUUUACCGAUAUAAGUGUAAUGCACAUGACAUCCCAGCAACUUUGAUAGUGUUUUUUUCUCAAAGUUAUACCUGUUGAAAUUCGAGACGGUCUAUGCAUUAUCAUGAGGCUCGCAUAGGAUCUCACUCCAUUGAAUCCAGGCGGUUGACAUCAACACCCCUCAUUGAAUAUUCAAAAAAGUAUUCAAAUACCGAGAUGUAUCCACCAAUCCAAAGAUAGUAACAGAUGGGAGCGUGAUAGCCCACCGUUACGCUCUGUGGACAAUGAAUCCCAUCGUUAGGGCGGAGACACAAGCUUCUCGUCAUUAUAUCCAGUAUCUCUGGCAUUACCUAACACCUUUGUGUGCUACAAUGGCGUUGGCUAAUGCUAACGUCUUGGUAUGUAAUUCAAUAGAGUUGGCUAAUGUUAACAUCUUGAUUUGCUACAAUGGAGUUGGCUAAUGCAAACACCUUGGUAUGCUACAAUUGAGUUGGCUAAUGCUAACGCCUUGGCUAAUGCUAACAGACUCAGGCCAGGAUUAAAUCCGAUCUACGUUAGAUCAGCGUAAAGAGUGCUUGACAUGUAAAGUACAUUUCCAAUUGAGCGUUUGCCAUGAAUGAGAUCUCCACGAAAGUGGAAACAUUAUCUUAAAAAGUUGACAAAGCAAGAUAGGAUUAAAUCCCGGCCUCAGUCAUCUCUAGACCAUCUCUAGAUCACAGUGCUGUCCCAUCAGAAAUAUAACCACUGACAAAUCAGAUGAUCCCAAUAGUUUGACCAUAAAUGCACUUUGAACAUUUAUUUAGCUUUUCCCUUGUACUGACAGUUGCCUUUAGUUUAAAUGUUUGUGGUUUGGAAACAUGUAUUCACUGUAACUCCAAUUGCAUCUCAAAGCUUAACACUGAUCAUUGGUAUUUCAUUUUUAACACAGUGAAUUCAUUUAAAGGGUAAGUUGGUUUCAUGGAUACUUGCUACUGCAAGUGCAACACUGAAUGUGACAAGUUCAUAGUUUAAAAAAAAAACGUUUAUAAAUGAACAGUGCUAACAUAAUUUUAUGAAUUGUUAGUUGUAAUUAUUUAACUUAGUUUACUAUGUUAUGUUACUCUUCUAGCUACAGUAACUUCACGUUCACGUUUUGUUCUACACUCAGCCAUCAUCAUCACCUAAUUAAAUUAAAACUUCAGAUAUUAAGCACAAAUUAAUAACCGCACACAAUAAAACUCACAUUGCAUAGACCAGUAUUCCCUAUUGCAUUGAUAAUCAAGGAUGCACAUAAUCAUCCCCAAGUUACAUCUCAAAAAGAGACAAUGAACACAAAGCCAAAACCUAAGUAUGUCCCAAAUGGCACCCUAUUCACUUUAUUGUGCCCUACUUUUGACCAGAGCAAUAUGGGCCCUGGUCAAACGUAGUGCACUACACUACAUAGGGUGCCAUUUGAGAUGCAACCCCCUAAUCUUUUCCUCCAUUGCUUGAAUAGCAUAUGGCAUUACUACUAUGAGGUGAUCUAUGCGUCAUUUAUAAUACUGUCUGUUAGACUAUACUGUAUAUUCUAUAUGCAAUAAGCAAAGAAUCAUAGGAUUUAACCCACACUACUCCCAUUACAUAUCAUUGGGUAUGUUUGCACUGGCCUGUGUCAUCGCCACUCAUUCUUACAUCUUCUACUGAUGGUUACGUUUUGGUUCAAUGUUGCUUCCACCUAAAACCAAUAUUCAUUGAUUCUUAGAUCAACAAUUGUUACUGAAGCAGUAUUUUCUUCCUUUCCUUAUUUUGUGUGUAGAAGUGUUGCAACAAUUCUGGUUUCAGGAAAGCCAAGAAGCUGUUAAGAAAUAAACGUGUCAAAUAUUUUAGUGACA